AAAAUCUUUGCUUACAUGUGAAGACAAAAGGCUGUGCCCAAGUCGUCCCCACGUUUCUUUCCAUAUUUUGUGGGUGCUAUCAUGCUCAGUUUCCUUUGGUGGAAGAAGCUCUUCUGCAAAAAGACAAAUUCAAAUUCCCUCUCGUUAAAGAAAUUCACAAAAUCUUUAUUUGCAGACUGAAAAGCAAGAGAAAGGAGGAAACGAUGGACCGGUAACAGCAUCAUUCUUCAGUUUUGAGCUUCUGGGUUUUAUGUUUGCCCAUCUUGGCCAUCUGGGUUGUGCUGCAUUUGCUUUCUAGAUACUGUUUCUUUGGGGGUUUUUAGAGUACAGGUCUAUAUUGGGCUGCUGUUGACUUAAACCCAGGUUAGUAAACCAGUUCUCAAAUACUGAAAAGCUUGAGUUUGCCGAUCCUGGACUUACCCCAAAAAAAAAAAAGAGUUUGCUGAUCUUGGUUUUCAUGUGUGGAUGGUUUUCAAUUGGGGUUUUGCUUCAAUUCUUCUAAUUAUAGGGUUCUUCGAGAGGGAAUCAGGGUAUUGCUAGUUAAGUCGUUUGGACAGAUUAGCAUGAUUUGAAUUUUCUGGAUUGGGUUUUGUGUACUGUGAUCUUGGUUUUGAUGGUGGGUUGUUUGACAUGCUCGAGUUUAGGUAUCAGAAAGAGUUUGUAGAAUACUUGGAUUGAGUUCUGGUACUGUUUCUGAGAACAAUUUGAGAUUUGGUAAUCCCUGGUUUUGUCGAUUUGGGUUAGGAGGCAGUAGUCUUGCACAUAGAAAUGGCUUCAACAUCACUUUCACCAGGUUCUUCACCUACUGCAGUCCCACCGGCAUCCACUUCUAAUUCACCACCAGCACCAUUUCCUCCGUCCUCUUCGACUUCAAACAGCACAACCACUUCACCACCUCCAACUUCAUCUCAGCCAGACCAGACUACUGAACCCCCGGUCCCUUCAACCCCAUCCAACUCUUCAACCCCACCCUCUCAGUCCCCACCACCAGCAGUCCCUGCUUCUCCCCCUCCGUCUCCAGUGCUUUCCCCACCGCCCUUAUCAUCUGCCAAACCGCCAGCAUCCCCUCCCCCAACCCCUCCAGCAACACCAACACCAUCACAAUUACCAUCCCCACCUCCAGCACCUUCAGCCGUCACUCCUCCCCCUGUUACUUCCCCUCCACAUCCCAAUUUGUCUUCUCCGCCGCCUUCAUUGAGUACGUCCCCUCCUCCCCAAGCCUCCCCGCCUCGACAGGCUUCAUCCCCACCUCCUCCUGAAACAAUUUCGCCCUCUCCACCUUCUCCAGUCAAUGUUCCAACACCCCCUUCAUCCAUUUCUCCAUCUCCACCAAAUGCCAAACCUCCUGAAAGUCCUCCCGCAGCUACUCCUCCAUCGAAUUCUAGAUCAGUUCCGCCUCCUGUAUCAGAGUCUCCACCUGCACCCACAUUGCCAUCUCCCCCUUCUUCAGUUCCCUCAACCUCUUCGCCACCUCUAAUUUCUCCACCUGCUCCUCCGAGUAAUUCAUCAACUGGAAGUUCUAGUACCUCACCCUUACCCGCUAUUCCAACAGAGAAACCUAUAGCGAAAGCAGCGAAUGGCACUGAUGUAUCAUCCAGGGGUGGGGGUUUGAACACUGGAAGUGCAGUGGCAUUGGGUAUUGUGGUUUGUUUUGCAGUUAUCGGUCUUCUUUUGAUGGCUGUAUGGUAUGCACGGAAACAAAAGAGAAGGAGAGCCAAAGUGACUGUUGGAUAUGCUAUACAUUCACCAUUUGCCUCCUCCCAGAAUUCAGGUGCAUCUUUUUUAAGGCCCCAUUCUCCAGCUCCCCUUCUAGGCAGUGCUUCUGGCAGUGAUCUCAUAUAUUCACCCUCAGAGACAGGUGGUAUGAACAAUUCAAGGUCAUGGUUCACUUAUGAGGAAUUAAAACAGGCCACGGAUGGGUUUUCAACUCGGAAUCUUUUGGGUGAAGGUGGGUUUGGAUGUGUGUACAAAGGGGUCUUGGCAGAUGGAAGAGAAGUAGCUGUGAAGCAGCUAAAGAUUGGAGGUGGGCAGGGGGAGCGUGAGUUCAGAGCAGAAGUCGAGAUUAUUGGCCGAGUACAUCAUCGGCAUUUGGUUUCACUUGUGGGUUACUGUAUAUCCGAGCAUCAAAGAUUGCUUGUCUACGAGUAUGUGCCGAAAGAUACUCUUCAUUACCAUCUCCAUGGUGAAGGCAGGCCUGUUAUGGAGUGGGCUAUCCGUGUCAGGGUGGCUGCUGGUGCCGCUCGUGGAAUAGCUUACCUGCACGAAGACUGCCAUCCUCGCAUUAUACACAGGGAUAUAAAGUCGUCAAAUAUUCUUCUUGACAACAACUUUGAAGCUCGGGUUUCUGAUUUUGGACUUGCGAAACUAGCAUUGGAUACAAAUACACAUGUAACAACUCGUGUGAUGGGAACCUUUGGUUAUAUGGCUCCUGAGUAUGCUACAAGUGGCAAAUUGACCGAAAAAUCCGAUGUUUAUUCCUUUGGGGUUGUGCUUUUGGAGAUGAUCACAGGUCGCAAACCUGUUGAUGCAUCCCAGCCAUUGGGUGAUGAAAGCCUUGUCGAAUGGGCACGUCCAUUGCUUAAUGAAGCACUUGAUCGUCAAGACUUCGAGGCCUUGGUCGACCCGAGGCUGGAAAAGAAUUAUGUUGAAGGUGAAAUGUUUCGGAUGAUUGAGGCAGCUGCAGCUUGUGUGCGUCAUUCAGCUGCAAAAAGACCCCGGAUGAGUCAGGUGGUGAGAGCUUUAGACUCACUAGAUGAGUUCUCAGAUCUCUCAAAUGGGAUGAAACCUGGCCAAAGUGAAGUCUUUGAUUCAAGGCAACAAUCUGCACAGAUUAGAAUGUUCCAGAGGUUGGCAUUUGGAAGUCAAGAUUAUAGUUCAGACUUUUACAAUCAAACUCAAAGUAGCUGGAUGAGUCGAGAAUCCGGGGACCGGAGUUCCUAUAUGCCAUAAUCCAUCUCAAAUAUAGAGCAAGUGGGCACUCACUCACCAUGGCAGACCCAAGUUAUCUUAACUUCACGUUUUGUAAAUGACUUAUUCAGAAGGUUAGCAAUUCUUCUCCAUUUCCAGAUGAGAUUUGGAACCCGCGACCGAGAUUUUUGCGACCCAAGUCCUGCUGCUCCUUUGUUGUACAAUCCCAUCCAUUUUGUCCGUGUAUUUUUUUUUUCGCUCUGUCAACUAACCAAAUUGGCUUCUAAGCUUUGCCUAUUUUUUGUAUUCUUUCCGAUUUAUAUUCAUUGACACAGCUUAGUUGUAUUCGGAAAUGGUAAGCUAACAUAA